AUGGUCCCUGAAGAAAUCUACGAAAUAUGUCUGCCGAUUCUCGAGGAUGGCUCCACCGGAGAGGAAGAAAAGGCCGAAAAGCUUGAACUCCUCCUUCGGGAGAAGGUCUCCUUGUUAGGCAGCUCAUUGGAGAAUGCGAUAUUGGAUGUGCUGUGGCGUCAUCGUAGCUCCACCAAGCCUGACUCCUCACCCCCCCUCCGCCAUACGGUUAUUCGCCGCGCUUCACCCGCCCCUUGGCAGAUCCCACGUGCCUCCACUCCUCUCUCCCCUCCAUCCAACUCGGGAACGAGCCCCGCUGCUCCGCCCGGGUUCCCUGUCCCGCGAGGAGGCUUUCCUCGCGCACCCCGGUCCCUAACCGCAUCUCCUUUUACAUCACCUCGCCCAUCCCCACGCCUUGCCCUGGCACAUCCUAUCCCCCACAGCCCAAGCCUUAGCGCCUACGAAUUUUCCGAUCAAACUUCCGCUCCUGAAAUAUACGGCGACCUCGGUAGCGAUAAUGUGGACUGGCUAGUAAAUGACGAUGCAAGGAGUGUGACUCCCUCGAUAGGCCUAAGCGGGGCUGCUCCAGAGUGGGCUGCGCCACCUGAUAUGAGCCCCUACGACAUUCUGAGAUCCGUUCUCGGGAAUCGCAGAACAAAUGAAGACAUUGAACAAGCUCUAGAGGCAAAUGGAUAUGAUCUGGGAGCUACAAUUGCUGUCCUCGCGAAUCAAGAGGAGGAAAAUGCGGUUGCUCCCACCAACGAGGCUCGAAUUUUAGUGGGGAAAUCCAUGGCAAUGGACCAAAUGCGCCCCGUCACGCCGUCUACCCAAACACGAAGUCCCGUGGUCUGCAAGUACUGGUUGUCGACUGGACAGUGCCUCAGGGCUGACUGCCGGUUCAGUCAUGAUUUGACUGGCCACAUUUGCAAGUACUGGUUGCAGGGCAGCUGUCUUGCUGGUGAUGGUUGCCCCUUUUCUCAUGACCCUUCAACCCUGGUUGGAGCACUGACGAUAAGCAGCCACAAUGGAGCUAACAUGGGUGGUUUUGUUGACGGUUUUGUUGACAACACUCAGCCAGCAUACCAAUUUCAGGAUAAUUACGAUUCCUUUCCUGCUCUACAACCUUCGAAUAUGGAAACUUGGCCCAAUGCUGGUCCGUACCAGCGCCACAAACAUACAGGCCAAUACCAUGGUACAUCUUCCCCAAAUUUUAGGAACAAAAACAGUUCCUUAAGUCAAGCAAGCCGCCCACACUCGCGGCCAACAAGUCGACAUCAAAAUCGUGAAUUAAACCCUGCAGCUUUAUCAGUCGACGACCCCGAAGCAUUUCCCACUCUAUCUGCGGUAAAGGGGGCAGGGAAGAAACAUCAUGGGAAACGGGGGAAUGGACACCACCGCGAUCAUUCUGGACACAAGGAAAAUAAUCCUUCCUCGCUGGCUGAUGUUGUCCGCAUGUCUCCGUCUCCAGCGCCAGGUCAUCGGAAAGGUACUCCUAAAUCUAAUCGCACGUACACUACAAAUCGCGAAAAUAGCGCUGCGGCGCAGGCAAUUCCUACACCUAAACACAUUCCAUGGCUUGAAACGGGAAAUCGCGUCAAUCAGCAGUAUCUCAAAUAUCGCCAUGAUGCCAUUACUCAUGGUAACGUGCGAAAUAAGUUUUUGCAAAGGAACGAUGCUCGUGCAGCCAAAGCUCUGUCGCUCCGUGGGCAAGCUGAGAACGAGGCUAUGCGUCGCGCGCAUCGUGAGGCGGCUCGGCAUCUUUAUGAAGAACGAAACAAGCAUCUGAGUAAUAGCAGCGACGACGAACUGUAUGUUGACCUUCACGGCCUGCACCCCAGCGAGGCAAUUGAAUAUCUGGAGAAUAUCCUACUUGAGCACGCGAAACUUGGCCGCCGGGUGCUCUACGCUAUCACCGGCACAGGACAUCACAGUAAAAAUGGCAAAGACAAAGUCGGCAAGGCGGUCAAAGCCUGGCUGAAUGAAUGGCGAUACGUUUUUCGUGAGUUUAGUGUCCCCGGUGAGCGUGGCGGCUACAUUGGCGGGGUCUUGGGGAUCGAUCCAACGAGCUAUGACCGGAACGCUGUCUCUGCGAAAUCCAAUGGGAAAGGGGGUUCGUCUACCGAUGGUGAUAGGAACAACCAAGGCACUAGCGAUGAGAAUUCGACAACUGCUAAUUCCAGCGCAGUUCUCACCAUGGGCAAGAUUCAGCUGUUAAAGAGAGAAGAUUCUGGUACAAAUGAAAAAUGA